AUGGCUAAUAAGGUAACCACUCGAACCACUCGAACCUAUCGAAAGGUAACCACUCGAACCACUCGGAAGGUAACCAGGGCUGUGAGGCCACGACCUGCGAUUCACGAUGCAGCACCUGCGAUUCACGAUGAAGAGGCUGCGAUUCACGAUGCAGCACCUGCGAUUCACGAUGCAGCGCCCGCAAUUCACGAUGAAGAGUCUGGCAGAGGCCGUGGAAUUUCGGCGAGGGGAGGAGGAGGGGUGGAGCGUGGACAAACAAGCCAGCAGCCACCAUUGGUCGUUCCGGAGUCAACUGAAGCGAGCCUGCCUACAGCUGAGGCCGAGUCAGCUCCUCAUACCGCUGUGUCCAGCCCGUCCAGUACCCAGGGGCUUCCUGCAGCCGUGGUGGAUGCGGCGUUUGCUGCAGCGGGAGCGAUCGCUGCUGAUCUUCCCGUGACUGAAGGCGGGCGUGCGCUUGGCGCUCUUGCUGACGUGGCAGAGGAGCUACUUGUUGAUACAUCGCCGUGGGAUCUUAACGAAGAGGCGGGGGAGAAGGGUACGACAAGAGAUAUUGCAGAAACAGAAACGGAUGCUGAUCUUCAGCGGAUUCAGGAGGAUGAGGAAGAGCUGGUGGGGGAAGAUGAGGCUAUGGAAGGGCCGGCGGACGUGAUGCUGGGGGAAGAAACUGGAGGAGGAAGCGAGGACGUGGGAGGGGAACGAUUACCAGCGCUGGAAAAUUCAGCAAGUCUAGCCAAAGAUGGAGCAACGAAGGAGACGGAGAUGUCGCCAGCAGCAGCAGGAGAAGAGAUGAAAGAUGGCGGCAAUAGGGCUGCUGGUCGCUGGGUGUUGAGAUCACAUGGGAAGGCACUAGAGAAUGAAGAGAGAGGAGCUGCAGAGGUUCAAAAGCAAUAUACCAGAAGUUCCGAAAUCGCUGCGACCACCCCGUCCAGUACCCGGGGGCUUCCCGCGUCCGUGGUGGAUGCGGCAUUUGCUGCAGCGGAAGCGAUUGCUGCUGGUGUUCCUGUGACUGGAGGCGGACGUGCUCUUGGCACGGCUGUUGACGUGGCUGAGGAUCUCCCUUCGCUCGUUGACACGUCCGCACGCCAGGAUGCCGGUGACGAGGCGAGGAAGAAGGGUACGAGAAGGGAGAUUGCAAUAACAGAAACGGAUACUGAGCGUGAGGGGAUACAGGAAGAGGAGGAAGAGUUGAAAGGGGAGGAUGAGGCUAUGGAAGGGCCUGUUGACGUGGUUCUGGGGGAAGAAACUGGCUCAGAGGGAGGAGGCGGCGAGAACGCGGAAGAAAUGGAACGAUCACCAGCGCUGGAAACUGGAGCAAUUUCUGCCGAGGACAAAGCAGCAGAGGAGAUGACGACGUCGCCAGCAGUAGCAGGGGAAGAGAUUACAGGCAGCGGCAGUAGAGCUGCUGGUCGCUGGGCUUUGAGGUCUCAUGGGAAGGCACCAGAGAGAGAAGAGAGAGGAGCUGCUACUGAGGUACAGAGGCAAGAAACCAGAAGGGUCAAGGUGCGGAUGGACGGCAACGAAGUGACAUAUGACAUCAAUACUACAGCUCCUCUGCGCAACAUGUUUGGACUCUUCUGCCAGCGACUGCAUUUACCUGAAGGUGGUGUGACGUUCUGCAAGGAUGUUCCCACUUCCUCCAACCCAUUUUCCGCCAUCCCCGUGAGAACCAUGGCUUCCCUUGGACACGAGAAGCAUGUCUGCUGCGAUGACUCGUCUGCUCCAGUCAGUGCGACGUCACUGGAUGAGCUGCAUUCUCUUCAGAAAAAGCCAACUUCAGUUCCAGGCGGUGGCGCCGAGUCAAUCAGUGCCUCCUUGGCGUCUCACGCGCGAGAACGGGGUCCAAACGUCAUCAAGGGGGAUCCGAACGCCGCUGUUACUAAAGAUGGUCACGUGCAUUUCGUUCCGUCUGACUACGUCAGCGAUUUUAACCUCAAAGCGACCCACGUACUUCACAAUCUUUCACAAGCAGAGCUUUACGAGCUCGCGAUCAAGGAUGAAAAGGGAACGUACAUCACUUCAACUGGAGCGCUUGCUACUCUCUCUGGAGCCAAGACAGGACGUUCUCCUAAGGACAAGCGCAUUGUGAAGGAAGAGUCCUCACAGGAUGACCUGUGGUGGGGAAAGGGUUCUCCAAACAUUGAGAUGGACGAAGAGACCUUCUAUAUCAACCGCGAGCGUGCUGUCGACUACCUGAAGUCUCUGGAUAAGGUCUUUGUGAACGACCAGUUUUUGAACUGGGACAAGGACAAUCGGGUCAAAGUCAGAAUUAUCACCUCCCGUGCUUAUCACGCUCUCUUCAUGCACAACAUGUGUAUCCGGCCUACUCCUGAGGAGCUGGAAACGUUUGGUGAACCUGACUUCACCAUCUAUAAUGGCGGAAAGUUUCCGUGCAAUCGUUUCACUCACUACAUGACAUCGUCGACCAGCAUUGACAUCAACCUGAAGAGGAGGGAAAUGGUUAUUCUCGGAACUCAGUAUGCUGGCGAGAUGAAGAAGGGACUUUUUGGGUUUAUGCACUAUUUGAUGCCAAAGAGAGGAAUACUCUCACUUCAUUCUGGCUGCAACAUGGGAAAGGGCGGUGACGUCUCCCUGUUCUUCGGCCUUUCAGGCACGGGAAAGACUACCCUCUCAACUGAUCCUGAGAGGUACCUGAUUGGGGAUGAUGAGCACUGCUGGAGUGACAAUGGUAUAUCCAACAUCGAAGGAGGGUGCUACGCAAAGUGCAUUGACCUGUCGCCCGAAAAGGAACCAGAGAUAUUUAACGCAAUCAAGUUUGGAACAGUCCUGGAGAACGUCGUGUUUGACAGCCACACCAGGGUGGUUGACUAUGCAGACAAGUCUGUGACUGAAAACACCCGUGCUGCAUACCCUAUCGAGUAUAUUCCGAACGCUAAGAUUCCCUGUGUUGGACCCCACCCAAGAAAUGUCAUUUUGCUGGCCUGUGAUGCAUUCGGAGUCCUUCCUCCUGUCAGCAAGCUGACCCUUCCCCAAACUAUGUACCACUUUAUUAGUGGAUACACUGCUCUGGUCGCUGGAACUGAAGAGGGUAUCAAGGAACCGCAGGCAACGUUCUCUGCAUGUUUUGGGGCUGCUUUCAUCAUGUGGCAUCCCAUUAAGUAUGCGGGAAUGCUUGCUCAGAGGAUGCACGAGAAUGGAUCUAGUGCAUGGCUCGUGAACACGGGUUGGUCGGGAGGCAGCUACGGCGCGGGAAGCAGGAUGAAGCUGGCAUAUACGAGGAAGAUUAUCGAUGCGAUCCACAAUGGAUCUCUUGCAUCUGCUACAUAUAAGACGACACCGAUAUUUGGUCUUCAAGUUCCAGACCAUGUUGAUGGUGUGCCUCAGGAGAUUCUUGAGCCGCAGAACAUGUGGGCUGAUAAGGUUGCGUACAACGCAACGCUGAAGAAGCUUGGUGGUCUUUUCAACACCAACUUCUCCAAGUUCACAGAGAGUAUGGCUGGUGUGGAUUCUACCCUGGCUCAGCAGAUCCUCUCUGCAGGACCUCAGCUUGCAUAG